CUCUGUAAAGCUGGAGAAAGAAAAUUGAAAUUAUGCCCUCAAUUUUUAUUUUUAUUUUUUUCCUAAUCAGCCAUCUUUGGUGAACAUCCUGUUAAUACUAACCCCACAGUAACUAGAGAGAUUUUCACAGGCAUCAGGUAGCCCCACAGCCACACUUAAGUGGGCCUUAGCCUAAAAGUUGAAGCCUAUCCAUAGGCCGGUAAUGCUAAAUGGCUUAAGAUUUUUCUUCUUCGUUAUGGCCCAUAGCUCUGGCUUUCCCAUUUAUGCCUUGAACCUGGACCAAUUUUUCAAGCCUCUUAAUCUUACGAGUCAUUCCAUUCUACGCUCUAUUCGAUUAGCUGCAGCUCCGGUCCUCCUCCACUGGGAAUUUCAUGGCUCAAUCAAGUUCGGAAGAAACCGACUUGUUCUCCAUAUUCACUGAUUUAUUUUUUGAAAAACCAAAACCGAAGAGUACUCCUAGUCAACGUCAGGAUGAGCUUGUGAAGAAAUUUCCAGGGUCAAUGAUUAUUCGUCGUCCAAAUCCAAUGGAAGAAGCCGAUGAUUCAACUUACAUUAAAUUUCCAGAACAUGACUGCGGGAAUUAUAUGGAAAGAUUCUAUGAGAAAAUGGAAAGUGGUGAUGAAAAUACAGAGCAAGGGAAGUCAAGGCGUGUAUGGACCAACUUUGAAGAAGAAUCUUUGUUGAAUGUUCUUGACGGAAUCAUUGCUGGAGGACAACGCUGCGACACUGGAAGUUUCAAAUCUACUACUUUUCUGAAAAUCGAGAAUGCUUUAAAUCUUUUAUGUCCCAAUUCCAAUCUGAAGGCAAGUCCACAUAUUGAGUCAAAGUUGAAGAAACUGAAGAAAGAUUAUAGCAUAAUCUAUGACAUGAUGAACAAGAGUGGAUUUGCAUGGAAUGAUAUCAAAAAGUGCAUUGAAGUUGAUAGUAAUGAAGUAUGGGAUACAUAUUUGCAGCAUAACAAAAAGGCAAAGGGAUGGAGAAACAAGAAGUAUCCAUUAUUUGAUAGACUAGCUACCAUCUUUGGGAGUGACCGUGUGACUGGAAUUGGAGCUGAGGUCCCUGCUGAUAUGAUGGAGGAGCAGAGCAACAAUGAAGAUGGCAUUGAAGUUGAGAAUGACACAAGCCCCAUGUCAAUGAGCACAGGACAAUCUCAGGUUAGUCAGAAAAAGAGGAAAAGAAAUUAUGAAGAUAAAAUUAUGAUUGCAUUGGAUAAAUUAUUUGAAGAAUCUGGAAAAAGAAUGCAAGCAGUGACUGAUGCUAUAGUGAAAGGUAAUGAAGAUCGAUCUGAUAUUGCCAAGGAACUUAAGAAAAUGGGACUUUCUGUUAUAGACCAAAUUGAGGCAUUGAAAAUCAUUUUGGAUAAGCCCCAAAAUAUCUCUGCGUUCAUGUCCUUAGAUGAUGAAGUGAGAAAAGUGUAUGUGGAUAACUUGCUUGCGGGCACUGCUAGAGGAUCUACCUAACUGCUGCAUGAGGAUAUGUUCUUUUUUGUUUUGUUUGGAAAACUGCAAGAGUUGCUGCAGUAGCUUAUGUUGGGCAAGCUCCUUCUUUUGCUAGAUCAACAUUCAUUUUUGUAAUUGAUAGAUGGAACUUGUGAAUGUUAAAUCUGUGUAUUAGGGACUUGUGAAUGUGU